AGCCGUUUUUGUUGCCCAGACCCAGCUGGCGCCGCCCCUCCGCCAGCGGAGAGGGCCGCUCUAGACUCCGGCGCGGCCAUGGCCUCCGACGCGCCCGAGGGCGCGGGGCUGCUCGGCGACGGCGGGCCCGCGCCGGGGGCCCGCGGGCGGCGCUGGGCGGGCGCGCCGAGGGCCGGGGGCGCCGUGCACGGCAGGCAGCCCGUGAGCCAGCUCCUCCUCUGGGCCGGCGCCGCCCAACCCCCGAUCUUCGGGUGCACCGCCCUGCCCCUCGCGCUCCUGUCGGCCGCCGGCGCGGGCCCCGGCGCCCCUGCGCGGCAGUUCCGCGUGCGGGGCUUCCUGGCCCAGGCCCGAGGCCUCGUGUCUCCGCCGCCGCCGCCGGCAACCCGGGCGGCACCGGCGUCGAGCACGACAGCGGCGGCCGCGACCGACACCACCAGCAGUACCACGACCAUUGCAGCAACCGCGGCCGAGGAGCCUGGGGCUGCCCAGCGCAGGCUCUGGCUCCUCCGCAACCCGGACGGGACGGUGUCCGUGCGCGUCAGCAACGGCGGGUACCUCAGCGUGACCAGGCAGGGCCAGCUCGGCAACGAGGCCGCCAUCGGCGAGUGGGAGUCCUUCGAGCUCAUCGAGCACGGUGACGGUGCGAUCUCCUUGAAGGCAUGGACUGGACGGUACAUAGGGGCGGAGGGUGAUUGGGUGGGUGUCAGCAGCAAGAUCGGCAGCGCAGAAAGGUUUAUGAUGGUAAGGAAAGAGGAUGGUGCAAUCAUGCUCGAGACCUCCGACGGCAGGUACGUCAGCAACGAGGCAAUCUCCGACGAACCAGGGCGAUUCGCCAUACUCACUCGGGAGGCCACCAGGGUAGACGACACAGAGAAGUUUCAAAUUGAGAUGAAUUCGGAUGGCACAGUAUCGUUGAAGUGCCUCCACGGCUCAUACUUAAGCGUAGAGGACUCUGCGUCCGUAGUUGCCGGAAGCUUGACGGUAGGCAGGGAGCAAAAGUUCAAGCGCCAUCAGAACAGCGACGGGACGGUCUCGUUCUCUGUAGUGCGCAGUGGCCGCUUCCUCACGGCGCACCGGAAUGGGACAGUGCUGGCGAAGGGCAGGCGCCUCGGAAAGCUCCAGAAGUUCCAGCUCGUUGAGCAGAGCGGCACCGACAGGAGCACCUCGUUCUCGUUCAAAGCGUCUGAUGGUACGCUGAUGUCCGUCUCCAGGAUCCCAGUCAACACGUUCUACAUGUACCGCGCGCAGGGGAACACCAGCUACCCGUGGAGAAGCGUCAACACUGGGAACCUCGCCGGAGUGAUAUGGUACCUGCACAACGAGGUGGUCCCCUACAAGCCGCGCAAGUUCGGAAUCGAGCGCAUCGUCCGCAUGAAAGUGCAGACCGCGUCUACCAAGGCGCUGUUCAAAAAUGGCCUCAACUUCGGGGUCAGGUUCGCCUACGAUUCGGGCAUGUGCACCGGAGCAGGGCCCAUCAACGGCCCCUCCAGUUGCAGGGGCCUCUACGCCAGGCUGGGUCAUUUCGUCGGCUGCAACUACCUCGGGGACUUUCCGUUUCCCAUGGCCUCGAAGGGUUUCCCAAGCUUCUACGACGGCGGUACGUGGUACAGCCUACCGAAGGAGGGGGCUUGCGUUGGCAUUCCCACCGGGGAGGACAACUGCACUUACUUUGCCGAGGAGGCGGGCAGCGUCGACAUCGGCGACCUGUACGACAUGGGCUCGAAUUUUUCGGACUGGUACACAGACCCCGUCAGCAGGGAGUACGUCGAGGACAUGGACACUGGCAUCGGAAGCGACUUCUGGAAAGGCAAGACGGACAUGGAGGCCAACAGGAAGCGCGUGAGGCGUGCAUUUGAGGCUUUCGAUGAGAAGUACCCGGACAUGCCCUCGGGAAGGGACUACCCAGACCCUAUCUGCGAUUUCAAUUGCAAUAGGUUUUACUCGAGCGUAGAGCUGGAGCAGGUCGGCGCGGAGUGCCGAUGCAGCGCGAGCCCACAGGCGAGGAGCUUCUUCGGCGAAGUAAACUUGACCGAAUGUGCCUUCGAUCCGCUCUCCGGCCUUCAGAACGUGGGCUACUAUUUGCCGACUCCGCGGCAGCGGGAUCCAGACGAGAAUGCCAGUUGAUGACGCAGUGGACUGGUAGGCUUAAGUCGGGCACGUCCCUCUACAGGGGGAAUUUUUAAAAUAGGGGACACGCCCGACCAAAUGGUAGGCUUCAGUGCUGCCGACCUUGCGUAUCGGGUCAGUGCAGCAUUGAGGUCGUUGGCACUCGUUCCUUUGCACAGUGGAGACCCAUGUCAAGAAACACCCUGUUUUCUUGUGGACUGGCCUCCACUGUAUGUCGACUGCUGCGCGUCUCAAUUAUAUUUGUAGGUGCGCUACGGCUUGCUAAUUUGCCCUCACCCGAUGGGAGACCCCUGAAACGCGCAACGUUUACGGUGCGAAGACCCACUGAGUUUCGGUGUUUCAGUGUCGUGCCGGUUUUGUGCGCAGCGUGGGGCAGCACGGAUACAGUAGCUGGUGGAGCCCGAAGGCUACAAUUGUUUACGCACCCAGCGGGACAAAGCUGUUUAAACGCUCUUUGCCCUGAUUGUUGGAAUUCGCGGCUCCUCCUUCUCCCCGAGCCAAAUCAAGCAUCAAUUAUUCAAUAGGUCAACAGACUGACCUUCUUUGCGUUGUACGCAAGAUUGGGCGAUUAUAACCGCAGAGCAUCUGCCUCUCUUCUUCGAAAGCUCGGAAUCAUGCUAUGCGGUCAACUGCCUUUUGGAUGCGGCCCUAUGUCUGCCCGUAGGAGGACAGCUCUGGGCAUUGGCACCGGAGCCGUCACCAAACCAUAUGCAAAAUCGAAGUCAUGCUCCCUGAGCCGCUUUGCCCAUAUGGGAG